UUUAGUGUUCAGUACUUGGUCAAACCUUCGAUAUGAAGCUGCUCCGUCUAAGCCUUUUGCUUCUCCUCGUUGUGAAGCCCCCGAGUCCCUGUGAAUCAAAGCGCUUGGUUGGACCCUUUUCUGCAGGUCCAUCUGGCAGGAUUAAGGGCGGCGAGGAAGCCGAGGUCGGAUUUGCUCCGUACCAGGUUUCCCUGCAACCCAUAGUGGGUUCCCACAAUUGCGGUGGUGCCAUCCUAAACGAAAACUGGAUCAUAACAGCCGGACACUGCGUGGAGAACUUUGUUCCCGCCCUGGUCAAUGUGAUCACGGGCACCAAUAAAUGGGCCGAGCCGGGAGCCGUCUACUACACCGCCGAGAUUCACAUGCACUGUAUGUACGACCAGCCCUACAUGCAUAACGACAUCGCCCUGUUGAAGCUUACCCAGAACAUCACCUUCAAUGAGCUGACCCAACCGAUCGCCUUGCCAAUCAGACCAGUUCAAUCCGGCGACGAGAUCGUCCUCACGGGCUGGGGCUCCGAUGUGGCCUACGGGAGCUCCUUGGAGGACCUGCACAAGCUGACCUUGGGCCUGGUUCCCUUGAAUGAGUGCUACGAGACCUUCAACCGAACCAGCAGCAUGGGCGUGGGUCACAUCUGCACCUUUUCGCGCGAGGGCGAGGGCUCCUGUCACGGCGAUUCCGGAGGCCCCCUGGUGAGCAAUGGCCACUUGGUGGGUGUGGUCAAUUGGGGACGACCCUGCGGGGUCGGACUGCCCGAUGUGCAGGCCAAUGUGUACUACUACCUUGACUGGAUUCGCAGCAAGAUUAGCGGCAACGACAAAUGUUACUACUGAUGUACUUUCCAAAAUUUAAUAGGCAAUUGCUUGGAAAACUGUUACGUUUUGGAGGGAAAUAAAGAAAACUUAAUCUAUAUAAU